AUAGGAAAACUGGAGAUGCUGGCCAAGUCGGCAGCUGCCUGCAUUCCGGCAAAGUCACGGGGCGGCGGCGGCGGCGGCGGCCUCGCGGCCAGUGCCCGCGCGGCGGGAGCCGGGACCCGCCCGGGGGAAGGAUGCGCGGAGCCAAGGCAAGAGUGCGCAUUGGGAGACUCAGCUUGCAAGAUUUCCGAAUCUGAUCCUGAGGACUAUUCAGAUGAAGCCAACACAGAGAACCUUUAUGGCACCUCUCCUCCCAGCACGCCUCGGCAGAUGAAACGCAUGUCCUCCAAGCACCAGAGGAACAGUGUCGGGAGGCCCGCUGGCCGCGCGAAUCUGAAAGAAAAAAUGAAUGUAUCAAACCAACCUCCACACAAAGACACUGGGAAAACUGUGGAGAACGUGGAAGAAUACAGCUAUAAGCAGGAGAAAAAGAUCCGAGCGGCUCUCAGGUCCACAGAGCGGGAUCAUAAGAAGAACGUGCAGUGCUCCUUCAUGCUGGACUCAGUGGGGAGCUCUCUGCCCAAAAAGUCCAUCCCGGAUGUGGAUCUCAAUAAGCCUUACCUCAGUCUCGGCUGCAGCAAUGCUAAGCUUCCGGUCUCUGUGCCCAUGCCGAUAGCCAGAACCGCCCGCCAGACUUCCAGGACUGACUGUCCAGCAGAUCGCUUAAAAUUUUUUGAAACUCUCCGACUUCUGCUAAAGCUUACCUCAGUCUCAAAGAAGAAGGACAGGGAGCAAAGAGGGCAGGAAAGCACGUCCGCGUUCUGGUUUAACCGAUCUAACGAACUGAUCUGGUUAGAGCUGCAAGCCUGGCACGCCGGCCGGACCAUUAACGACCAGGACCUCUUUUUAUACACAGCCCGCCAGGCCAUCCCAGACAUUAUCAACGAAAUCCUUACCUUCAAAGUUAACUAUGGGAGCUUCGCCUUUGUUAGAAACGGAGCUAGUCUUAACGGUACUUCAGUAGAAGGGCAGUUCAGAGCCCCUCCCGGGACGCAGCCUGCGGGUUACUCAACCUAUCACGAACACCUCCAACGCCAGAGGGUGUCCUUUGAGCAGGUCAAACGGAUAAUGGAGCUGCUGGAGUACAUAGAGGCACUUUAUCCAUCGCUGCAGGCUCUUCAAAAGGAUUAUGAGAAGUACGCUGCAAAGGACUUCCAGGACAGGGUGCAGGCGCUCUGUUUGUGGUUAAACAUCACAAAAGACUUAAAUCAGAAAUUAAGGAUUAUGGGCACCGUGUUGGGCAUCAAGAACUUAUCAGACAUUGGCUGGCCGGUGUUUGAAAUCCCCUCCCCACGAUCGUCCAGGGGCAACGAGCCCGAGGAUGAGGCCGAGGACACAGAAGGAGAACUGAAGGAGCUGGACAGCAGCACAGAGGAGAGUGAGGAAGAGCAGAGCUGCGGCCCGCGGGCACUGGAGCCCAGGCCGCCCGCCGACCGCAGCAUCCACAUCCAGUCGCCCCCGGAUUGCGUCCCGAAGAAGCUUGAGAGGCUGGAGUCCGAGGACGAGUCUGUCGGCUGGGGAGCCCCAGACUGCAGCACCGAGGCAGGCUUUAGUAGACACUGUCUGACUUCUAUUUAUAGACCCUUUGUAGACAAAGCACUGAAGCAAAUGGGGUUAAGGAAGUUGAUUUUAAGGCUUCACAAGCUGAUGGACGGUUCCUUGCAGCGGGCACGUAUAGCACUAGUAAAGAGCGACGGUCCAGUGGAGUUUUCUGAGUUCCCAGACCCCAUGUGGGGUUCAGACUAUGUCCAGCUGUCCAGGACGCCGCCUUCCUCGGAGCAGAAGUGCAGCACCGUGUCCUGGGAGGAGCUGAGGGCCAUGGAUCUACCCUCCUUCGAGCCUGCCUUCCUAGUCCUCUGCCGAGUCCUUCUGAACGUCAUUCACGAAUGUCUCAAGUUAAGGCUGGAGCAGAGGCCUGCUGGAGAGCCAUCCCUCUUGAGUAUUAAGCAGCUGGUGAGAGAGUGUAAGGAGGUGCUGAAGGGCGGCCUCCUGAUGAAGCAGUACUACCAGUUCAUGCUGCACAAGGUCCUAGACCACCCGGAGAAGACCGACUGCAACAUCGACGCCUUCGAGGAGGACCUGCACAAAAUGCUGAUGGUAUAUUUUGAUUACAUGAGAAGCUGGAUCCAAAUGCUACAGCAGUUACCUCAAGCAUCUCAUAGUUUAAAAAAUCUGCUAGAAGAAGAAUGGAAUUUCACCAAAGAAAUAACCCAUUACAUCCGGGGAGGAGAAGCACAGGCUGGAAAACUUUUCUGUGACAUUGCAGGAAUGCUGCUGAAAUCGACAGGAAGUUUUCUAGAAGCUGGCUUACAGGAGAGCUGUACAGAAUUCUGGAACAGUGCCGACGACAGCAGUGCUUCAGAUGAAAUAAGGAGGUCGGUUAUAGAGGUCAGCCGAGCACUGAAGGAGCUCUUCCACGAGGCCAGGGAACGAGCCUCCAAGGCGCUGGGGUUUGCCAAGAUGCUGAGAAAGGACCUGGAAAUAGCUGCAGAGUUCAUACUUUCAGCCCCAGUUAGAGACCUUCUGGACGUUCUGAAAGCAAAGCAGUACGUUAAGGUACAAAUUCCUGGCUUAGAAAACUUGCAGGUGUUUGUUCCAGACGCUCUUGCUGAGGAGAAGAGCAUUAUUUUGCAGUUACUCAAUGCAGCUGCAGGGAAGGACUGCUCCAAAGACUCAGACGAGGCACUAAUUGACGACUAUCUACUCUUGACCAAAUGUGACCGCACUCCAGACUCCGAGGAUGGCUGGGCCGCCUGGGAGGCGCAGCCUGUUAAGAUCGUGCCUGCGGUGGAGACGGUUGACACCCUGAGAAGCAUGCAGGUGGACAAUCUUUUACUAGUUGUCAUGCACUCUGCGCAGCUCAUAAUCCAUAGAAAAGCUUUCCAGCAGUCCAUCGAAGGACUCAUGACGCUACGCCAGGAGCAGACUUCCAGUCAGCCCGUCAUCGCCAGAGCUUUGCAGCAGCUGAAGAAUGAUGCCUUAGAGCUCUGCAACAGAAUAAGUGACGCCAUUGACCGAGUGGACCACAUGUUCACUUCAGAAUUCGAUGCUGAAGUUGAUGAAUCUGAGUCUGCUACACUGCAGCAGUAUUACCGAGAAGCCAUGAUCCAAGGGUACAAUUUCGGGUUCGAGUAUCAUAAAGAAGUUGUUCGUUUGAUGUCUGGCGAGUUUAAACAGAAGAUAGGAGACAAGUAUAUAAGCUUUGCCCGGAAAUGGAUGAAUUACGUGCUGACUAAGUGCGAGAGCGGCAGAGGGACAAGACCCAGGUGGGCAACUCAAGGUUUCGACUUCCUGCAAGCCAUUGAGCCUUCGUUCAUCUCUGCUCUGCCAGAAGACGACUUCCUGAGUUUGCAAGCCCUUAUGAAUGAGUGCAUCGGCCAUGUGAUAGGAAAGCCGCACAGCCCUAUUACAGCCAUUCAUCGGAACAGCCCCCGUCCCGUGAAGGUACCUCGAUGCCAUAGCGACCCUCCUAACCCACAUCUGAUUAUCCCAACUCCAGAGGGAUUCAGCGCCCGGAGCGUGCCCGCGGACGUGCGGAGCCUCGGCAGCCCCGCGCCCGCGCCCGCCGCCGCUCGUCCUGGCCCCUCGGGCAGCGACCCGGCACCGCCCAAGCCCAUCAGCGGUGCCCAUGAGACCAGGGGUUCCAGCGUCCCUGAAAAUGACCGCCUGGCUUCCAUCGCAGCUGAAUUGCAGUUCAGGUCGCUGAGCCGCCACUCCAGCCCCACCGAGGAGCGCGAGGAACCAGCAUAUCCAAAAGGUGAUUCAAGUGGGUCAACUCGAAGAAGUUGGGAACUUCGGACGCUUAUCAGUCAGACCAAGGAUACUGCUUCUAAGCAAGGACCCAUAGAAGCCAUUCAGAAGUCCGUCCGACUGUUUGAAGAGAAGCGGUAUCGAGAAAUGAGGAGAAAAAACAUCAUUGGCCAAGUCUGUGACACCCCCAAGUCUUACGACAAUGUCAUGCACGUUGGCUUGAGGAAGGUGACCUUUAAGUGGCAAAGAGGAAACAAAAUCGGGGAAGGGCAGUACGGGAAGGUGUACACCUGCAUCAACGUCGACACCGGCGAGCUGAUGGCCAUGAAGGAGAUUCGGUUUCAACCCAACGACCAUAAAACCAUCAAGGAAACUGCAGACGAGCUGAAAAUCUUUGAAGGCAUCAAGCACCCCAAUCUGGUUCGGUAUUUUGGUGUGGAGCUCCAUAGAGAGGAGAUGUACAUCUUCAUGGAGUACUGUGACGAGGGCACCUUGGAAGAGGUGUCGCGGCUGGGACUCCAGGAGCACGUCAUCAGGCUGUAUACGAAGCAGAUCACCGUGGCCAUCAACGUCCUCCACGAGCACGGCAUAGUUCACCGUGACAUUAAAGGUGCCAACAUCUUCCUGACCUCGUCUGGACUAAUCAAGCUGGGGGAUUUUGGAUGCUCAGUGAAGCUUAAGAACAAUGCGCAGACCAUGCCUGGUGAAGUGAACAGCACGCUGGGGACAGCAGCGUACAUGGCUCCGGAAGUCAUCACUCGCGCCAAAGGAGAAGGCCACGGGCGGGCGGCUGACAUCUGGAGCCUGGGGUGUGUUGUCAUAGAGAUGGUGACUGGCAAGAGACCUUGGCAUGAGUAUGAACACAACUUUCAGAUUAUGUACAAAGUGGGGAUGGGGCACAAGCCGCCGAUCCCUGAACGAUUAAGCCCCGAAGGGAAGGACUUCCUUUCUCACUGCCUGGAGAGCGAGCCCAGGAUGCGGUGGACAGCCAGCCAGCUCCUCGACCAUUCCUUCGUCAAGGUCUGCACGGAUGAAGAGUGAAGCUGACGGGCCUGGGGCCUGGCAGAGUGCCUGUACUCGGAGAGUCCCCUCGAUCACUACUGUAUGCAGCGUCUCCACGAAGACCGCGCCGAGAAGCGGCGUCGCCCUCGCUGACCCUCCGAGACGGCCGGCCGCCUGGUGACGAGCGUCUGCCUCCUGCUGCUCCCAUCUGCGCCCGGUGGCCCAGGGCCCCCUGAGAGCUGGCGUCCGCGAGGUGGAGAAGCUGCGUGCCAAGUGCCAUUACUACUGUACAUGGACCCCCGCCUCCGUGCCCGCCGUAUCCCGGCCGACAGAGUACCGUGGCAUCAGGGUAACACCGUCGACCUCUCUAGGUCCAGAAUCAGUUGUAGUGUUAUCAGGCGCCCCGGGCCUUGCUGUUAAUCUCCUGUUUUGUCGAGUGCACUGACUGUGAAACCUUACCUUUUUUGUUGUUGUUGGCAAGCCACAGAUUUGUUCUGCAAAAGGCCGAUUAAUGAAAUUUUAAGAAAAAAGGUUCUUUUUUCAAUAAAUGGUUUAUUUUAGGAAAGCUGUUA